AUGUGGUUAAGAUUUAAUUGCACAAUUUUUAAAGAUAUUAGUGAACUCCAAAUAGUAGAAUAUCUACCUCCAAUUAAUGACUCUCCAACUUCCAAAUCAGUGGUUUACCAAACUCUGGAAUUGACCAAAAAUAUAGCUGAAUCAUGUAAGCAAAAGCAUAUUAUUGUAACAUAUGACUUGGCCAUUGCAAAAAUGGCUUUGCAAAUUCAAGAAAAUAAAAGCCCUAAAUUUGAUAUUUUCAUAAAUUUGGAAGCAUUUCAUAUGCAUAUUGGUAAAUAUAUUGAAUCAUGUGGUGUAGUUGAGAUUCUUGUUCAGGCAAAAGUUCUAGCUGCAGGUUCAAUGAAUAGUUUUUUAGACAGGAAACAUUUUAAUCGGUGUAAGAGGAUUCAUCCUCUUACGUCAGCUGCGCUGGAAAUAAUACAUUUGGAACAGUAUUUAGGAGAAAGCAAUGUAAGUCCGGAGAUAUUGUGUCAAAACUUUGAAAAUCUAUUAAAUUCUUCAAAUGAGACACUUUAUGGUUUAAAUGAUGCUAUGGAAUUACCUGAUUUAAUUGAUAAAGUUCUAGAAGGUUAUAAAGAGUAUUGGCAAGAAACGAUAAAUGGAAAACAUGGCAAGACAGCUCAAUUUUAUUUACAAUACUGUGAGUUUAUCAAUCUAUUUCUACGAUUUUCACGAAGCAUACGAAGUAAUGAUUUUGAAUUAUAUUUGGAUUUAAUUUAUGAGAUGUCUGAUUUGUUCUUCACUUUUAAUCAACCUAAUUAUGCUAGUAUUUAA